CUGGGGAUUCCUAUUUUUUUUAGGACAACGACCGAUCUAAACCAGCACUCUAAGUCCUCCACGACCCAUCUAGAACUGACUGUGACUGUGACGUAGAGCCAAUCGCCUGACACGUGGUGGAGUAGCGUGAGGGCCAGAAAGAUCUCCGGCAACAGGCCAAUGGCGCUCUCCAUGGUCGUUCAAUGCCCGCGGCAACCGAUUGCUGUGCUUCCUUCACUCUCUGCCGUUGCCCACGGAAGCUGGAACAGUCUUAUCAAGACCGUACGAUCUUUUGGAUUGUGCCCCGCUCGACCUCCGACCUUGAGGAAGGACGACGGUUCUCCACCGUCCUCCGCUCCUCCGUUCUGCUCAUCAUACUUAGUAUCUGCCGAGGCCGCGCACAUCGUCGACUGUAGAUCGCCAGCGCGGACGCGCGAAGCGGGCCCCACACAAGGAUCGUGGUUCGGACUGCUGAGAAAGAAUCACGUCCUGCAUGAAGAGACGAAUAAGAGAGCUAUUGUCACUGAUGGCGGCCACAUCCGCGUUGCGAUCGGGCGUUCUCUGUCUGACUCCUCCAGGGCGAUUCGUCGGGAUGUAGGCGAGCGGCGGAGGAGAGGACAUUGGCGUGCCAGGGGCCAGGCGAUAACCGUCGCAGCGGACGGGACAGAGCCUCGACGAGAGGGCGACGAGGGCACGACUACGGAGACCAUGGGUGAGGCAGAGGGAGUAGUCUUUCGACAGCUCUUCGAGAAAGAGUCGAGCACGUACACGUACAUCCUGGCGGACGGCUGCGAUCCGAGAAAGAGGGCCGUGAUCAUAGAUCCCGUUGAUCGAACGGUGGAACGGGACUUGAAGUUGAUAGAGGAGCUGGGACUCACGCUGGUGUUCGCGAUGAACACGCACGUGCACGCAGACCACGUGACGGGCACGGGAAAGAUUAAGUCGUUGUUGCCGGGCGUGAGGUCGGUCAUCUCUGCCGCCAGCGGCGCGCAGGCCGAUCUCUACGUGCACGACAGGGAUAAGAUCAGGUUCGGCGGGCUAGCACUCGAGGUGCGUUCGACACCAGGACACACGCAAGGGUGCGUCACAUACGUGGCGAGCCUCCCAGAACGUCCUCGACUCCCUCCCUCUGCCAGCGAAGGAGACUUGAUGCAGGAUGAUGGUGUUUACCGACCAACGACAAACGAUGACGCCGUCAAUAGCAGCAGCAGCAGCAGCAGCAGCAGCCGGUUGAUGGCUUUCGUUGGCGACGCGCUGCUUAUAAGAGGCUGCGGCCGGACGGACUUUCAGGGAGGCGACGCCCGCACGCUAUACCGAUCUGUGCACUCUCAGAUCUUCACUCUCCCUGCACACACGCUCAUCUACCCAGCUCACGAUUACAAGGGGCUCACUGUCAGCACCGUUGGAGAGGAAAUCAAGUACAACCCAAGACUGACGAAAACUGAGGACGAGUUCAAGGAGCUAAUGGGCGCGUUAGGGCUCGCGUACCCGAAGAUGAUGGACAUAGCCGUUCCCGCGAACAUGGUCUGCGGCGUGCAGGCACCAUCUCUUGCGACAGCAUCAUAGCAUUCUUCCCUGUACUGGGUAAAUCGCUCACAGUCACAGACCAUUUACAGUAGUCUUUCAUCGUGCGCACCAUUACUUAAUUAGCACGCAUCCUUUACACCUUCCGUUCU